GAGGAGAAGAGAGAGAGAGAGCUUUGACAGCGCUCAUCACCCACUGAACAAACCAGGACGGGUUGCAUCCGAGCAAUCGCUGCCAUUCGCACACGGAGUUUACAGCCUUUGCGCCGCUUUUUCUUUCGAUCUUUUUCUGCCGCACCCCCUCCCUCUCUCCCGGUGCUGCCCAGCAAAGUCGACCAUGGUUUCUAUAAUUUCAGACCUGGACCCUCUGAAAAGCUGGAACGUGUUAAGGCAGGACGCUAGCGACCUCUCCGGGCCGAUUCAAAGUAACGGCACGGCCGGUAAGAUGAACGGCGCGCUGGAGCACUCGGACCAGCCCGACCCGGACGCCAUCAAGAUGUUCGUGGGUCAGAUCCCGCGCUCCUGGUCGGAGAAGGAGCUGAAGGAGCUGUUCGAGCCGUACGGAGCCGUCUACCAGAUCAACAUCCUCCGAGACCGCAGCCAGAACCCUCCACAGAGCAAAGGCUGCUGUUUUGUCACGUUUUACACAAGGAAAGCUGCCCUUGAAGCCCAGAAUGCACUGCAUAACAUAAAGACCUUAACAGGGAUGCACCACCCUAUUCAGAUGAAACCUGCAGACAGUGAGAAAUCUAACGCUGUGGAAGACAGGAAGUUGUUCAUUGGCAUGGUGUCAAAGAAGUGCAACGAGAACGACAUCCGGGUCAUGUUCUCUGCAUUCGGACAGAUCGAGGAGUGCCGAAUCCUCCGAGGGCCGGACGGACUGAGCAGAGGUGUGUGUCACUCCGACUCACUUCCAUCCACACGAUGUGCGUUUGUCACGUUUUCCACCAGAGCUAUGGCACAGAAUGCAAUCAAAGCCAUGCACCAGUCUCAGACUAUGGAGGGCUGCUCGUCUCCCAUCGUGGUGAAGUUUGCUGACACGCAGAAGGACAAGGAGCAGCGGCGUCUGCAGCAGCAGCUGGCACAGCAAAUGCAGCAGCUCAACAGUGCGACCACCUGGGGGAGCCUGACGGGCCUGGGGGGGCUCACCCCGCAGUACCUGGCUGUAAGGAGCGCCGCCUCCAUCACCUCCCCCCCCUCCUACACCCCUUACUGCAGCACCAUGGCCAACGUCGCUGCAUUGCUCCAGCAGGCAACCUCCUCCAGCAACCUCGGAGCCUUCAGCGGGAUCCAGCAGAUGGCCGGUAUGAGUGCUCUGCAGUUGCAGAACCUGGCCACUUUAGCAGCGGCAGCGGCGGUGGCCCAAAACUCAGCCAGUCCCUCCAACGCAAACCCCCUGUCAGCCAGCGCCGCCUCCCUGGGAGCGUUGGGCAGCCCAGCACCGGGCCCAACAGCAACCUCCAACGCCAGCGCCAUGAACUCUCUGACCUCCCUGGGCACCCUGCAGGGCCUGGCAGGCGCCACCGUCGGCCUGAACAACAUUAAUGCACUAGCAGUUGCUCAAAUGCUCUCAGGUAUGGCGGCACUUAACGGAGGCCUGGGUGGCGCAGGGUUGACCAAUGGGACGGCGGGCACCAUGGACGCGCUGACGCAGGCUUACUCAGGGAUCCAGCAGUACGCCGCCGCCGCGCUGCCCACCCUCUACAGCCAGUCCCUGCUGCAGCAGCAAGGGGCCGCCGGCAGCCAGAAGGAAGGUCCCGAGGGUGCCAACCUGUUCAUCUACCACCUGCCCCAGGAGUUUGGAGACCAGGACAUACUGCAGAUGUUCAUGCCUUUUGGAAACGUGGUCUCUGCCAAAGUCUUCAUCGACAAACAGACGAACCUGAGCAAGUGCUUCGGCUUCGUCAGCUACGACAAUCCUGUGUCGGCGCAAGCAGCGAUCCAGGCCAUGAACGGCUUCCAGAUCGGCAUGAAGCGGCUGAAGGUGCAGCUGAAGCGCUCCAAGAACGACAGCAAACCGUACUGAUCUUAGCACUAGGGUCUAUCUGCUCCCCAUGUUAGCACUGCUAGGAACAACCCAUCUCCAUGCCUGUUAGCUCAUCGUUUUGCCUAGCAUGUCUCCGUGGCGUCCAAACAAAAAAAACUUUAAACAAAAACAAAAAAAUCCCCUCCAAAAAAGUGUCAUCGUCCUCCUCCCCCGUCAUUGUUUUUUCUGAUGUCUUUUCCGAGCUCACCUGAUCAUAACCUGGUUCUCCUCCUCCGUUGCCUACUGACCUUUUGAACUUUUAGCUUUUUUGGAUUUUUAUGAUUUUCUUUCCCGUUCUUUUUUGUGUUUUUUUGCAUGUGACCUCAUUUGGAUCUGUUUUCUGGGGAGGGUUUCAGGGAGGCAACAAGGGAGGGGAGGGCAAGAAAAUUAAUCAAUGUGAAAAAGAUAUAAAGCUGCAUUCAUAUGAAAAACAAAAAAGACUGAGAUUUUUACGGAAAAACAAAUGUUCUUUUUGGAAGAAAAAAAAACCUGUGGCAAAAUGAUUUCCAUUCAGUAUGUUUUCCUGCAUUUUCUUUUGUUUCUUCUUCUUCUUUAUGUCAGUUUUUCCUUUCUUUUAUUCUUCAUUUAAAGUAAACUUGAAAGUUCACUACAGGAAUUGGCGCGUCAUCUUGCUUCUGGCGCCGAUGAAAAACAGUCCGCCAGAAGCAGUCCGCGCCAGUUUCUCUGAAAAAUAAGACUACUUCCAAACAGUUUUGAAUAAAAACUGUCUGAUCAAUAUUAGACUCUCUCAGAGCUCUCCAAUGGUUUUUACAUUUUUCAGGCAGUGUAAAGUUUUUUGAUAAGGCCAUUUUAAGUGGCUCUGUUUCUCAUUCAAAGUCUAUAUAUAGAACCACUUUUUUCUAGAGUAGUUUAAAGGUAAAAAUAAAAAAAGACAUUUGCCCUGUUUGGGUGGGAGAAAUGCUACCUACUUGUGUCACCUUUUGCUGAACUGACUCACAGAUAGACAAUCCGUGGUUUAAAUGCACAUGAUGAAAUGACCUAUAUUUUCUACUGUUUAAAUGUAUAGAGGAAAAAAAAAUACUAAGAUACUUGUAACCUGCGUUAACGUCGGUGCUUCUCGUGAGUUUAGUUGUGGUUUCAUCACAAGUCUAACGGUCUUAAAUGUCUCAUGUUUUUCAAGAGAAGACAAAAAAAUCAGUUUACUUGAACAAUAGACAAAGCCUUUCAUAUUACUAUAAUAGUUACUUUGUUGAUUUGUUUCUUUUUGUUUCUUCUUUUUUUAAGGAGUCCCUAUUUGCUAAAUUUCUUGUUGGUUAAUUAGCUAUAUAAAAUUCCUAAAAAUAUAUAUAAAUAUAAAUAUAUCUAUAUAUAUAAUGUCAGCUUGUGAAGCAUCAAUGUCAUUAUUAUUUUAUUUCUCUCGUGGGAAACAAUAUUUAGAUGUGUUUUGUUGUUCAGCAAAAUGUCUUAUAAUGAAAAAAAGACAAGAUCAGUGGAGUUUAGUGCCAAAUUCUGAAGGUACUUCCUGCCUAGCGCGUCAGUGUAUUUCUUGUGAAAUUAUUUGAUAACAUGGGUAUUUUAUUAUAAGUGUUUUGUAUGGAUCCCUCAUAUUUAAAAAUAUAGAUUUAAAAAAGAGUUUGUUAACUUGCUAUUCUGUGGUCUUGUUGCCUGAAAAUGUCAUGUUUGCUUUUUUUCUUUGUAAAGAUGUAAAAAAAAAAGUGCCCAUGUGUCAUAUAUAUAUAUAUCUAUAUACACGCACACACGGACACACACAUUCUCGUGCAGACCUCACAGUUUACUUUCUUGUUGUGCAUGAGAGCCCCUGAGUGUGAACGCCUCGACAGCUACAGCUACCGCCCGCCAGCGUGCACAAGCACACUUUAACACACACGCACUGAUAUUUUUAGCCAUUGUACAGCCGUUUUAUUCAUCAAAGCCUUAUCACAAAUGUUUGCACUCCUCUUCUCUCUCUAUUAGUAUCUCGCGCACACAGGCGUCACUUCGUAUUGUUUGGAUUGCUUUCUUUCGAUUGGUUUCUCGCACUGUCUCGCUCCUCAGCCGAAAAAAAUUAAAUUGAGGUGAGAGUCAUACGCCUUAUUUCUCUAAAAUCCUCUUCAGUUGAGUUGAAAACAUUUCUCAGACGGCGAGGAUCAUUACUUUUGUGUAUCACCUCAUACGAGAAUGCUAGCUUUCAUGAUGUAAGCACAGGGUAAGACUCACUCGCACAAAAAACGAAACUCGAUCUCUUGAGGUAAGAAAAAAAAUAGCACACGCCGUCGUCGGAAGAAAAAAAAAAGAGGCGGGACGUUCCGGAGCAAAUUUGAUUUCUUAUCCUUUCACGUCUUUUAUAAGUGGUUGUGAGACUACUCCAUAUGUGUGGUGUAAUGGGCCAAAAAUCAUGUUUAGAUGCCAAAGUGUGUUCUCGUAGUCGAGCCGUUUACAUGGCACAGUGUUGUCAGUCGAUUCAACUGCCCCCCCAUCCCCCUCCCUGAAAGCCUAGUUUACGGUCUGCAAAAAAAAGAAAGAAAAGGCAGCAUUAUUUUCUACAGAAGCUCACCAGUCGCCUUAACCAGGGAGCGUCGUAUCAGUAUUACAAGAGUAGAAGAUGUUGUCAGUGAUGUGUGCCAAGUCUAUAUUCACUUGUGUGUGCAGUUAGCCUCCCACUCGUCAAAGUUUCGCUCUUUCCUCCGUGAAAUGACCUCGAGGAAGGAAGCCGCUCUUCGUCUGCUUGUUGUCUCCCAAGCUAACCGGAGUUAUUAGAAGCGGCGUCGUAUUAUUGGACUAGCGACAGGGGAAAUAAAGCGCUUGUUGGUUGGAGAGGAAGGGUCACGUCCACACUGGCUAAACAACAGCCUGAGAUGGAGGCUUUCAUAUCCUCAGACCCAAACUUUAGCGAGCAGACUUUUCUUUCUCCUAAAUGCAGUACACAUGAGCCACAAACAGCCAUAACUACCUGUAUGAAAGCUGGUUAAUCAGUGUUAAUGGACCACUUUUUUCUGACUCGCGCGUGUGCAGGGUUUCGCAUCGUUUUUCGCUGCAGCAUCUACGAUUCACACCUCACUUUCGCACAAUUCACGUAACUUUAAUGGUGGAGGCUACACAAUCUGCGUUACUCUAUAUGGCUGUAUGUGCGGGUACAGGCGUUUUAGAUGUCCCCCCAAAACAAAUGUUGCCAAAUCUCACAGAGUUGCACACAGCCUGACGUCAAGUGUGAAGCAUCUUGUCUUUGUUUAAAUGUCGAAGCACAAAAGGGUCGUAAAGCAGAGUUCCUGUGGAGCGGCUCACCUCAGGGGCUUUCAUCGCCGAUGCUCGUUGUAAUCUUUCUAUCUCGUCACUUCUCUGUUCUCCUUCUUUCUUAAUUAUCUUAAGUGCUAUUUAUCAAACAAUGAAAUUUGAAAAAAAAAAAAAAAUGAACUUGUCGUUUCUUUGCAUUAUGGCUUAUGUCAAGUUUUUUGAGGAAAAAUGUUUUGUGUCUUUCCGUGACGUAAAAAAAAGAGCUUGUUGUCUGUAGAGAUUAUCCAAUAUUUUUGUUUUGGUUUGUUUCUUUUAAUUCUCAAAAAGGUUUUCAGUAGUUUCAAAUUGUCUUGAGAGAAGCCAAAGUCAAUGCAUUUCAGUGGAUCCUGUAAGCGUGAUGUAUGUUUGUUUGACAACACUUGGAAAUCUGUCACUGGAUGGGAUUUAAAAAGUACAAAAAAUGCAGGCUUUCCUAUUUCUACAACUGAUUGUACUUAUGCAUUUUGUACCAGUGGAAUUUUUUAUACUGGAGAUUAAAGGAUACAACAAAAACAUCUUAGAAAAAAGCUGUCUGGCCUGGUGGUGUGGCCUGACCCUGACUGGUCCCCGAGUUUGAUUUCUAGCUGGCAUCGAGAACGUUGGCUUUUGAUAUAAGAUUUUCUAGAAGAUCUUUGGCUUUAUUUCUUUCACUUCUUUUUCCUCACUUGAGUGUUGUUCUUCCUUUCUGCCUUCCUUUCAGUCUUUAUUUCUUUCUGAAAAACAGAGUGUAGGUGAGUGUCAGAUCUUUCAUUUUUGCUUUUUAAAUAGUUCUAGCAAGUUUGUCUAUACAACAGCGGUAAGUUUCAUUUGACUUCUGUAUUGUGCCGUCUACACGAUAAGACAAUUAUAGAAAAAGAAGGUAUAGAAAUAUUUAGUCACCUUCAGUGGAUUAAUGUAUUAGUUUAAUGAAGAGAUCAACUAAUUAGAACGUUUUGCUUUUAGCUGUUUAGAUUUCUCCGGUUUCUCUGUCCUUCUCUGUGAACCAACUGUGUAGCUGAAGCAGUCAGAAUUAUUUUUGUAAACGUAUGUUCUUGUGUGAUGCAGUUUUUUGCUUCUGUCUCCUAUAUUAAACCAUUUUUCCUAAUA